AUGUUUCCGUCAACCAUUCCGUGUUUCCGUCUUCAACGCCUGCUGCUUACCGGUGCUCAGAACAUCUUACUUGAGGAUCUCGGCGAGCGGUUUCCGGCACUUCGCGAACUCUGCCUUUCCCAAAGCUACGGUUUGACUGAGCUGCCUGAAUCGCUCUCAAGCAUCAGCACCUUGGAAGCUCUCACCAUUUCUAACAGCGACAUGUCCAGUCUGCCUGAGAAUCUUGACGAUCUUUCAAGGCUGAAAUCUUUAAGAGUGUUGAAGUGCUGGCGGCUUCCUAAACUCCCCGAUUCCAUUGGGUUACUCACAGGGCUUCAGAAGCUGUCCAUUGACUGCACGAGCAUUGACAUCCUCCCUGCAGCAAUCUCCUGCUUGACUGCUCUUGAAUCGUUGAGCAUUACAGAAUCAAGGCUGACGUCAAUCCCGGAGGAGAUAGGCGAGCUGACCAAUCUCCGCACUUUGGUGCUGAGCGGGAGCCGUUCCCUGCAGAAGCUGCCAUGGUCACUCAGUCGUCUCUCUUCUCUACGAGAGUUGUCAUUGAACCACUGCCGUAAUCUGACGGGGCUGCCAGAAUGCAUCACUCAGCUGAGCCGUUUGGAAACGCUCAAGGCUCACAAUUGUGUGAAGCUCACGUCGGCACCUCGAACCAUGGGAAACCUCUCAUGCCUGCGGGAGCUGGAUCUGACGGGUUGUGUUCAGCUUAAGGAGACUAUAGAGAGUCUUCCGCGGUUCUUGGGAACCUUGAGCUUGGGAAACGAUACCAGCAGCAUCAUUCUUCCUGACAUGUCAACGGCUCCAAAUCUUAGGAAGCUGUGGUUGGAUCGGGUCGCUAUCACGGAUGCACCAGCGAGUACCCGUUGCCUUUCUCAGAUAGAGCACCUGGAGAUGCGCCUGGGCUUUGAACGAACCGAGUUUCCAUUCCUGCCCGGGUUCCUUUCAUGCCUCCGCAUUCUUCACAUCUCAUGUGCCAUAUCCCUGCAACAUCUGCCUCUUGAUAUUGGAUCCAUGUCUCGGCUCCAACAGCUGCAUGUAGGAGGGGCGAGAUCUCUGCGGGUGAUUCCAGAAAGUGUGGGCCAGCUUGUGCAACUCACGUCUCUUCAUAUUGAAGCUGCAAACCUGACUCAUCUUCCUGAGUCCAUCUCUGCCUUGUCAAGAUUGGGCGACCUCAGCCUGCAGAAUUGCUCCUCCCUGACAAGCCUGCCCCGUUCUAUCACCCGCCUCACUAACCUGCACAGAUUAGUCGCCAGGAAAGCAUCACUUCGUGUCCUCCCUCCCAACUUUUACCAUUUGAGAAGACUCAGAGAGCUGAACCUGAGGGACUGUGAGCGGCUUCAGUCCCUGCCAACGCAAGAGCUGCGGUACUUAACGAUGCUGCGACUGCUGGAUGUUCGUGGCUGCAAGUUGCUUGGCCCAAAUCCUGUGCCUUGGUUUGAGUACUAA